UUGAAUGAGUGACAGGCGGAGGGCGUCUGGCAAGGAGGAGGCAGUGAGGGGCGGUUGGAGGGGAGACAUUCAGGAGCGCGCUUGCUGGUGAGCAGCAGAGAGGUCUAUAUCCCACACACACGCCUCACCUAUUACCUCACCUCACCGAGUCGACUGCCUGCGAGCUCUCACUCGGGUUUCUUCUCACCACGCCGCUCUUCCCGCCCACGCCACAACCCCUUCCGCCUUCUUUCUCCGUGUCGAGGCCGGGCACCCUCCCCCCCUAUCCCCGCAAGUUGUCUUCUCGAGUCGUCGCCGCCGCCGCAGUCGCGUCCGCGUCUCUGCGGCUCGUUGGCAAUUCACCACCCCGAGCACAGCCAUGAGCAGCCCCGUGGCGGUGGCGGAGGCCUCGGUCGGGACCCCGAGCCUGGCGGCAUCUGUGGUAGAGGAGGCAGCCGCCCUCAGUACCGCGGACGCGAAGGCUUUCCACGACAACCCGGCGCCCAAGAAGAAGCCCAAGACGCCAAAGCCACAGAAUGCAGUCACCAUUGCGGUGUCAUCACGUGCCCUUUUUGACAUGCGCGAGGAGCGGCGCGUGUACGGGGAGCAAGGCGUGGAGGCGUACUUGGCACUGCAGAUAGAGAAAGAGGAGGAGCCUUUUAAGCAAGGUCCCGCUUUCCCAUUUGUGCAGGCCCUGGAGGCUGUCAAUAUCCGACUACGCCAUCUUUACCCAGACAGUGACCAGAUAUUUGAUGUGGUGCUAAUGACCAAUCACCACGCACAAGUUGGGGUCAGACUCAUCAACAGCAUCAACCAUUACGGUCUGAACAUUGAGAGGUUUUGCAUGACUGGUGGAAAAAGCCCAAUUGGCUACCUCAAAGCGUAUCUCACAAAUUUGUACUUAUCUGCCGAUGCGGAAAAGGUGCAGGAAGCAAUCGAGGAAGGGAUUGCUGCGGCAACCAUGUUCAACCCACCGGAGGAUCGCGUGUUAAAAAAUGAUGAGCUGCGUGUGGCGUUUGAUGGCGACGCGGUACUCUUCUCAGAUGAAUCGGAGAUAAUAGUUAAGGAACAUGGACUUGAUACCUUCUUUGAACAUGAAAAGAAGUUUGUCGACAAUCCCCUUGCCCAGGGCCCACUGAAGAUGUUCUUGGAGACCCUAGGCCGCAUGCAGAGAAAGUUUCACGUGAAAGGCGAGCGGCUGGGGUGCCCCAUUCGCACUUACUUGGUAACCGCACGUAGCGCUGCCAGCUCGGGGGCUCGGGCCCUGAAGACCCUGCGGACGUGGGGCCUUGAGGUCGACGAAGCCCUCUUCUUGGCCGGUGCCCCGAAAGGACCGCUGCUUGAAAAGAUCAGGCCCCAUGUUUUUUUUGAUGAUCAAAUGUUUCACGUCGAGGGUGCACACGAGCACGGCACUGUGGCGGCACAUGUGCCGUUUGGAAUUGGUCAAAAAUACAAUAAGUCUCAGAAAAAAAAGUAGAACGGCCAGUCUGGUUUUAACAUCAUGCAAUUUAAGAGAUAAAUCUAUCAAUUUCUAUGCUUACCUUUUUUUACUGUUUUUUGGUUGUUGGGGUUUUUGUUUUUCGUGUUUCUUCAUUCUUGCCAACCGUCCAUAUUACAGGAUGGAGGUGUUGCCAGGAUUGGUAUUGGCUGAGAGUAGGACACUCCUUGGGAUAUAUUGUUUCAUUCGCUGCUACUGCUGUGUGCUUUACUAUGAACAAAAGCACUGUGGGAGUAUAUAUUAUAUGGUAGACGUUAAAAUGAUUACAUUGAUCAAUUCAGCAUGAGCAACGGACCUCACCUUACGGUGUAGCAUUUAUCAUUAGUCCUUUACAUGACAACUGUUCCAAAGUAACAUGUGUUUAUACAAGAAUAAACUUGACAAGCUUACUGUAUAGGAAAACCAUACGAGAGUGCCUUAAUCUAUAACAAAGUUGGGUGGAGUCAGGGAUAGCGAUGGUUUGCCACCCAUUCAACUGCAAAAUAAUUUGUUCAUCAGAAGUACAUUUCAUGUUUGUUAUGGACACCUUUUAUACUGAGUGUGGCCCUCUGCGUGUUUGCUCACGGUGCCCGCCUUCUUCCUCCGGCCUCCCCUUUCCCAGCCAUCUCGCCCCACUUCAGGCGGUCUCAUCCUCUCCCACCUCAUCUACCACCCCCAACUGUCUUAUAUCUGGAUUAAAGUAACGUAGUCUGAAAUCCCCA